GUUUUCUUCUCAGGUCUCAGCCCCGCGAAAGCAUCUCAUUGAAUCGCUACAAUUCAGUCUUUUAAUCGAAACCCCAAGUCGCCGGAGAGCUUCCAGGGGCGGCUGUUGAGAGCUUUACCAGUAUUCGGCGGCCUGUUUGUGGGGGACGAGGAGGAAACACACAGGUUUAUUGGGAUCCUCCGAUUGCCGACUUGUCGGCAUAUAUCGGUGUGCAUCCCUAUAGUUAAAACACUUUCCGUUCAGGUUCCUCUGAAACAGCGGAAGCAGUUGGGUUUGCGUCUGAAGUCAUGGGAAUGGAGUUGCCAAACCAGUUUUCUGAUAUGGAGGAUGUUAACAUCAGUGAUUACGAGUUAGUGAGUCGUGUGAAGGAGGUUCUCACAUCAGUUCUGAAUGGUGAAACCGAAAAUUAUAACCAGCUUGUUGGGGUUAUGCACCGUUCGAGAAAUCUUGGGGAGGAUGAGGUUGGGUUGCUAGAGACAAGUUUAAAGGGGCUAUCUGGAGCUGUUUCCUUUAUAGACAUUGUUCAUCAUGAGUCUCUUUUGUCGGCUAUAUUUAGCAUGAACAUGUGGAAUUAUGGGCCUGAGUUGAUGGACGCAUUGGUUGAACUGAUUGUAGCGUUGGCUAUUUCAAAUGGAAAAUUUGUUGAUUCGUGUUUGGGAAUGCUUGUCAGCAAUUUUAUACCACCAUCUUAUUUCCUAGAUAGAUUGAAGCAGCCACGUGGUCUUGAGAGAAAGUACCAGGUUACUUCUCGAGUCCAUGCAGCUUUGGAAGAGAUAACCAAAUCUGUUCCUCUUGCCCCCUUAAGAUUAUUGCCAAUAGUUCUGCAGCGAAUGCCAACAAUCCAUAAGAAGGAUCAUACAAUGAUCAUUUAUGCGGAGAACAUGUUAAAGUUGGAGGGUAGUGUAAUUGGAGAAGUUGUUGGAAGCACCCUGCUUAUGGCCGUGGUUGACAGGUUGAUAGAUCUUGAUGUGGAGAUUGGAUGGGAUGACAUUUUGCAGGAAGACUUCAGUAAAUGCAUGUUUGAUAUGGAGUUAGAAGACAUGGAUCAAGAUGAUGAUUAUUUUGAGGAAGAUGGUCACGAGCUUCUAUUAACUCGUAAAAGCCUGGCUGGAAAUGCUAUUGCUGACUUAUUAGAUAGCCUGAUGGUUAUAACUUUUAAUCAUCUUGAAUCUUGUAAAGACACAGGGCGUUUGAUUGAGGUAUUUGAGACACUUCUCCAGUCAUUCCAAUUAACCGUUCUAAAUACAUACAAGUCAAAAUUUGCACAGUUUGUAAUGUUCUAUGCAUGUGCCCUAGAUCCUGAAAACUGUGGUCUGAGAUUUGCCACGGUGCUGGCUGAUAUUUUUGUUGACAAACAUCAUCCUGAGCUUCACAGGAUGAGUGCUGUGGCAUAUCUUUCUAGUUACCUUUCUCGCGGAAAGUUUCUGUCAGCCUCUUUUGUUGCUAGCAUCCUGAGAAGGUUGGUGGAUUGGUGUUUGGAAUAUUGCAAAACCCAGGACAGUGAUGUUAACCCAAAAGUGCAUCGAGUUUUCUAUUCUGGAUGCCAGGCCAUUAUGUACAUGCUUUGCUUUCGCUUGAAGUCUUUUAUGGAUGUUCCUAGACUGAAGUCACAGCUUCUCCUUAUGCCACUUGAGGAAAUUUUUAGGCAUAAAUUGAGCCCAUUGAAGGUAUGUCUUCCAUCUGUGGUACAAGAGUUCCUCCGACAGGCAAAAGCAGCUCAUCUAUUUACCAUUUCCAAAACAUUCGUUUUUGAUGACCUGCUGGAGUCAGAAUUCUCAAGGGCAUUUGGUGGGCUGGAAAGGCUCGAUAUGUUCUUUCCAUUCGAUCCAUGUUUGCUGAAAAAAAGUGACAGUAUUAUCCGUGAGAACUUUGUGUUCUGGUCAACCGUACGACCCAAGUAUGAAUAUGAGGAAGGCAGCAGUGAUGAAGAUGAUGAAGACGACAUUGUUGAUGAAAAUGAGGAGGUUUUGGUUGAUGAGAUAGCACGGAGUGUUGAUGGACAAGGGCUAGAUCUUGAUGAAUUUGACUAUGCACUGAACAAAAUGUCCAUCACACCAAAGGACACCUUCAGUUACAGGUUUGAGGGUCACUUUCAAGAACAUUCGAGAAUGCCUUCUAAAAUUAGGCCCUCAACAAGUCCCGAGUCUUUGUGACUUGGCAAGAAAUAUGCUUAAGAAGCAUAUCUGAUCUGCUGGUUUUGAUGAGUUAAGUUGUCCGCAUGGCCAGGUCAAAAAGGGCUAGGGUUUUGCUUUGUUUUUACAAUUUGUUUUUGUGAUGAUGUGAGCUUAUCAUUUAUGCUAUUUCAAGUCAAACUACUGUAAAAUUAAGGAGAGCUUGUAAAUCUGCAUUCUUUGAAGUGAACAUUGACUCCUAAAGCGUUUGUGUCA